AUGAAUCACAUUUAACAAGCCUUUAUUCAGAGUAUUAUGAAACAAUAGUAACAUGAAAAACAAUAAUAAGUGAAAUAGGAAGAGAACAAUUAGAAACAAAAUAUUUAAGUACAAUAUUUCAAAUUAUUUGUCUAGUAUUUGCAGAAACAAUAACUUCUCUCCAUCAUCCAGCAAUGUCAACAGUAAUAAUAACCAAUUCAACAAGCAUCCAAGUCUCCUACUUUAAUUGAAGUUUAAAAUUAAGUCACAUCAUACUUUUAGAAAAUUAUCCUUUAGAAACAAACAAUCAAUUUAAAUAAUGUAUUGGAAUAGCAAUUACCCUACUUUUUACAAAUAAUGGGAAAUCUCAUCAUUUAUGGAUUAGAAAAUUGCCCUGGAGAAAAGGAAAUUGUGUAAGAGAUGAUAUCACAAUACAAAUCCAAUCCACUUAAAAUUACAAUGAGCUGCUCUUUAUUCUAGACAAUAGGACUAUUGUUUCGUUCAUAAUUAGUGUACUAUGACUAAUGCACAAAAUAUCUUACCAAUUUUUUGCUGUUCCGUGAUGACUUUUGUGACAUUUUCUUCAACACUCUAUAUUGUUACUAAAUUACUCAAGGUUAAACAUUUAGUCAAUAGAUUGGAUUCACACAGAUUAACCAGAUGCUCAAGAAAACCCAAGAUGAUGUAUGGACAGCCUUUAUAUUCAAAAUGCUCAGUCAACAACAACAGAAAAUGACUAAAGAUAUGUUUCUAUUACAGUUUAAUUAAUACACCGUUUCUAUGAAUAAUUUCUUCACUAAAAGCAAUUUGAUUAUGGAUCUAGUUGCUCAAAGUGUAAAAUAGACCUCAAAAUUACAUAAUGAUCAGAUAUUUUAGGAGUAUUUACUAAUAAUGGGAAGUUUUAAAGCUACUACAUAAGACUUUUUGAAGAAAGCUACGCAGUUAUUCUUCGAAGAAUCCAAUGAUCUUGAUUUAUUGUAAUUUAGCAAUAACAUAAUAAAAAUUCAUAAGUAGAUGAAUUGCCAAAUAUUAUUCAUUCUACCCAUGUUAUUUUUAUUGGAGAGUCAAUACUUAGAUCAUCUAGUAUAGAAUGGAAUUUAGGAAUAGUAGCCAGUUAAAAACAGUUCAAAUUACUAUUUAAAGAUGAUUGAAAAAUUAAAAAAUAAAUGUGUUUAUAAUGGUGAAGAAGAGUGCAAUUGCAAGAAAUGUUAAUGCAUAAGAAGAAAUAGAAAUUCAGCAAAGGAGUCUUAAAAAAAGAAGAGAGAAGCAUUAGAAAAGAUAGGUCCUUUAUAAGAUGAGUAUGACAAAAUUUAAAAGAAAGUCUAAUCUCUUGAAACUGAGAAUUAAGUAAUUACAAAGUUAUUACUGGAUGUAUUUAGACACCCAUCUCUUGAAAAGUUGGCAGCCUAAUUCAUAGAACCUCUCGCUAAAAUUAUAGCUGAUCAAGAUUUCAAUAAUAUUGAUGAAUGUUGA